CAGGGGAUUUCCCUCUAAAUAACAAGUUCCCCUUCGCUGUCUGUGCUGCAGCAUUAAGUUAGACCUUUAUUUUGAAACAAUGGACAACAGCCCUCUGCAGGUCUUGACUGUCCCUACAGCCCCCUACCCAGACCAGCGACCCAGCACCAACGGCCUGAGGAAAAAGGUCUAUGUGUUCCAGUCCAGAAGGAACUACCUUCACAACUUCAUCCAGAGUGUCUUCUCUUCCAUUGACCUGCGCGAUCGCCAGGGUUCAACCAUGGUGGUGGGGGGAGACGGACGCUUCUUCAAUCGAACGGCUACUCAGGUCAUUGUGCAGAUGGCAGCUGCCAAUGGGGUGGGUCGUCUGAUCAUUGGACACCACGGGAUAAUGUCCACGCCAGCCGUCUCCUGUAUGAUCAGGAAAUGCAAAGCCAUCGGAGGCAUCGUUCUCACUGCCAGCCACAACCCCGGUGGACCUGAUGGAGACUUUGGCAUUAAGUUUAAUACUGCAAAUGGAGGCCCAGCCAACGAAGCAGUCACAAACAAGAUCUUUCAGAUCAGCAGGACCAUUGAGGAGUUUGCCACCUGCCCUGGACUACAAGUGGAUCUGACAACUAUGGGAAAACAGACCUUUGACCUGGAGAACAAGUUCAAGCCAUUCACAGUGGAAAUCGUAGACUCUGUGGAGUCCUACGCUAACAUGCUGAGGAACAUCUUUGACUUUGCUGCUCUGAAGGAGCUUCUGUCUGGCAAGAACCACUUCAAGAUAAGACUGGAUGCCUUGCACGGAGCGGUAGGACCCUACGUGAGGAGAAUACUGUGUGUUGAGUUGGGUUGUCCUGCCAGUUCUGCCAUUAACUGUGUCCCUAAGGAGGAUUUUGGAGGUCAACACCCAGACCCUAACCCCAUAUACGCUACAGAUCUGGUUGACAGCAUGCGAGACGGACAGUAUGAUUUUGGUGCAGCAUUUGAUGCCGAUGGGGACCAGAACAUGAUCCUUGGUAAACAUGGCUUCUUCGUCACCCCAUCUGACUCCGUGGCUGUGAUUGCUGACAACAUUUUUUGCAUCCCGUACUUUCAGCAUGCAGGGGUGAGAGGUUUUGCUCGUACUAUGCCCACAAGUGCGGCAUUAGACAGAGUAGCCAAGGCAACGAAAAUCGAGCUAUAUGAAACUCCCACUGCCUGGAAGUUCUUUGGGAACCUCAUGGAUGCAGGCAUGCUGUCUUUGUGUGGAGAGGAAAGCUUUGGUACAGGAGGAGACCAUAUUCGUGAGAAGGAUGGGCUUUGGGCUGUGCUGGCAUGGCUGUCUAUCCUGGCCACCAGAAAGAAGAGUGUGGAAGAUUUAGUUAAGGACCACUGGCUAAAAUAUGGAAGAAACUACUUCACCAGGUAUGACUACGAGAAUGUAGACAUAGAUGCAGCAUGUGAAAUGAUGGAGGAUUUGGAGAUCACAAUCACCGACAAGACCUUUGUGAGGCAAAGAUUUGCUGUGGAAGACAAAAUCUACCAGGUGGAGAAAGCAGACAGCUUUGAGUAUGCAGACCCGGUAGACGGCACCAUUUCCAGGAACCAGGGGCUGCGGAUAAUCUUCUCUGAUGGUUCUCGAAUCAUCUACAGACUCAGUGGGACCAGUUUUGAUGGGGCAACAGUUCAAAUCUAUCUCGACAGCUACGAGAAAGAACACGUUUUUGGGGAUGCACAGGUGAUGCUGGCACCCCUUGCCACUAUCGCUCUAAAGAUUUCUCAGCUUCAUCACAGGACCGGUCGAACUGGUCCGUCUGUCAUUAUAUGAUUCCUUAUUAAUUGACAAAAUAACGCUCUUUUGUAAGUUUUUCCAUCCUGUUUUUUUGUGUUUGUGUUUGUUUUUUAUAAAGGAAGUCUCAAAUCCAGUUGUAGCUACAUAUGAUGCAAAAGUGUGCAGUUGAAUGAAAUUAAAUGUGAUAUAUUAAA